AUGAUCGUUUAUACUGGUGCACGUCUCAAGGCGUCGAGAGUAGCGAAAUUACUCAACAUUCAAACUGGAAAAAGCCAUGAAAAUGAUUUAAAGUCUGUCGGUAAUCGCGUUGAAGAGAAAACGACCUUAUGGACGGGAUCCGCUUCUAACUCCACUAACGGAGACCGGAUGAGUUUUGUCUCAUCGGACGCCUAUCCAGUUGAGAUGGCUCCAACUGUAUUCAUCGGAGGGUGUAAGCUUGGACGACACUCAUAUUACAAGCAGAUACAACAUCAAGCUGUUGACCGUUAUGGUAGUCGACGAAGUAGGUAA